AUGUCGGCCUUUAAGAGCUCUGGUUAUGUUAAGGAUGAUAGUGGGGAGGGUUCGGGGCGGGCCACCCCCGCUCCACCCCUGCCCGGGGCGCGGGGUGGGGCAGUGGCUUUCCCCGUUUUGUUUCACCGCCGCCGGCCGCCUCUUCCUCCACAGGCUCUGCAACCAGAGAUCACGACAAACAGGUAUGUUUUCGAGGCAGCGACUCCCUCCCCUACAUCCCAAUACCCAAGCUCCAACGUUCCUGAUUAUUACCCGAAAAAAACUAAGAAAAACCCUAACAAGGAUCACACUACUGGUAAAAUUCUUUAA